CCGCAGCAGGUGGCAGUAUAGUGCCAACUAAUGCUAAAAUCUCGUUAGGAUAAUGUAAAGACGAAGAAGAUUAAACAACAACCGUGCAUCACUUGCGGAGAUAUAAAGCAGAGCAGCAUUAACAAGGCUGCGGAAAUGGACACAAGAGCCUUGAAGAACCCAUACCCCGACUAUGAUGGGAGCCCUGCGUCCACACAGGCGUUUUUUGACUACCAGGGACAGCUCACAUCAGAGUUUGCCCAGAGGCUGAGCAGCAAGGUCAGCGAGCUUUUAGCUGUCAUGGAAAAUGGGCUGAAGUCUGCAGAUCCAAGAGAUUGCACUAGUUACACUGGCUGGGCAGGCAUUGCUCUGCUCUACCUGCACCUCUACAAUGUGUUCAAGGAGGGCUGCUUCCUUCAGAGAGCACUGGAGUAUGUCAGCCGCAGCCUCAAGUGUCUGACCCGACGCCAUGACGUCACCUUCCUAUGCGGGGAUGCAGGGCCACUGGCUGUGGCCGCUGUGGUCUACCAUCGCCUGCAGAUUGGCCAAGAGGCCGAUGAGUGCAUCAACAGACUGCUGCAGUAUCAUGAGAACGUGGUGAAGGGAGCGGGCGGGCUGCCAGAUGAGCUGCUGUACGGGCGAAUGGGCUACCUCUACUCCCUCGUCUUUAUCAACCAGCAGCUUGGGCACGACAGAAUCCCACUGCAGUACAUCCAGCAGGUCAGCGAGGCCGUGUUGGUGUCAGGCGAGCACCUCAGCAGGAAGUUCAGGGUCCAGAACCAGAGCCCUCUGAUGUACGAAUGGUACCAGGAGCAGUACGUUGGCGCCGCCCACGGACUGGCAGGCAUCUACUACUAUCUCAUGCAGCCAGGCUUCGUCGCUGUCGAGGAGUAUGUGCACAGGCUGGUGAAGCCCAGCGUCGACUAUGUCUGCCGGCUCAAGUUCCCCUCAGGAAACUACCCUCCCUGCAUCGGGGAUGACCGGGACCUGCUGGUGCACUGGUGCCACGGAUCGCCGGGGGUGAUCUACAUGCUCCUGCAGGCAUACAAGGCCUUUGGUGUUGCUGAGUACCUGGGCUACGCCUUGCAGUGUGGAGAGGUGGUGUGGCGGUGGGGUUUGCUGAAGAAGGGCUAUGGGCUGUGUCACGGCGCAGCAGGUAACGCCUAUGCCUUCCUGGCUCUCUACCGCCUAACGCAGGACCCCAAGCACCUCUACAGAGCCUGCAUGUUUGCAGACUGGUGUAUGAACUACGGCAAACAUAGAUGCCGAACACCAGACACUCCCUUCUCACUUUUUGAAGGCAUGGCGGGCACCAUCUAUUUCCUGGCCGACCUUCUGCAGCCGAUGAAAGCGCGGUUCCCAGCGUUUGAGGUGUAGACAAGUUUCUCCACAGGUAGCCCCCCCCACCCGCACCCACCCACCCACUUACCCCCACCCCCCCCAGCCACACCACAAAAAAAACAUGUCAAGAUGAAGAUCCACACUUAACACUCCUGCAUGGAAACACUGCAUUUAUCUCGAUAAGUAAUAUUCCGAGACUUGACAGGUUACACAGAAACUUGGUGGCUGGCUUUGACCCCUGCUUUAGACAUUGUGCCAUGUUUUUUCCCGCUCUUCUCAACGGCGCGCCUGAUAACAGGAUAUAUCCUGAUCUCAUGAUUUCCUCAAAGAUAUGUGAAAGCCGAGAGCUUCUCUCGCUGUUUUUGGUUUCUGUAUGUGUAUAAAUCAAACUCCUGUUUUAUUAUAUCUAGCUGUUACUCAUAUUGCGACGUUGUUUAGGUUUUCAGCAAAAAGGAAAGAAGCUAAUUUUCAAUUUCGAUUUAAAUUGUGAGCUAAUAAGUGAAUGAUGUUUUGUUAACACUUAAAAACUCUGUAUGUUUAUGAUAAAAAGGAAAUGUAUUCUUUAGCUUGAUAUUCUGUUUUCUUUUUCUGAGAAACACACAGCACAGCUACAGUAGUUACAAUGCACUAAAUAUAAUACAGCUGUGUCAUGUGUUUAGGGCUUAACCCCUCAACACUGAGUGUAAGCUGUUGCCUGUCCUUUGCACUGUCUGGGCAAUAAACCAUGUAUCUUUUUA